AUGUCUGCUGCCAGCUGUCUGAGAUCUGAAGAUCAGUUUCUGUGCUCCAUCUGUGUGGAUGUGUUCACUGAUCCAGUCAGCACACCGUGUGGACACAACUUCUGCAAAAACUGCAUCAAUGAACACUGGAACAGUAAUGACCAGUACCUGUGUCCAAUGUGUAAAAAGGUUUUCAACAUAAGACCUGAACUUCAUAUCAACACUUUCAUCUCUGAGAUCAGCUCAGAGCAACAAGCUGCCAAACCAGAAGUUCCCUGUGACGUCUGUAUUGGAACCAAACUGAAGGCCCUGAAGUCCUGUCUGGUGUGUCUGACCUCCUACUGUGAGACUCACCUGGAGCCUCAUCUGACAAUGUCAGGUCUGAAAAGACAUCAGCUGAUGGACCCUGUGGAGAACCUGGAAGACAGGAUGUGUAUGAAGCACGAUAAACCUCUGGAGCUGUUCUGUAAGACUGACCAGACAUGUGUCUGCAUGCUCUGCUCUGUUUUAGACCACAAGACACGUGAGUUUGUUCCUCUGAAAGAAGAAUAUGAAGGAAAGAAGGCAGAGCUGGGGAAGACAGAGGCUGACAUUCAGGAGAUGAUCCAGAAGAGACGACUGAAGAUUCAAGAGAUCAAACACUCAGUUGACCUCAGUGAGGAAGCUGCAGACAGAGAGAAAGCAGAAGGUGUUCAGGUCUUCACCGCUCUGAAGGAGUCUGUUGAGAGAAGCCUGAAUGAGUUCAUUGAGACGAUUGAAGAGAAGCAAAGAACAACAGAGAAACAGGCUGAAGACUUCAUCAAAGAGCUGGAACAGGAAAUCUCUGAGCUGAAGAAGAGAAGCUCUGAGGUGGAGAAGCUCUCACACUCUGAAGACCACCUCCACUUCCUCAAAAACUUCCCGUCCCUGAAAGCUGCUCCACCCACCAAAGACUGGACAGAGGUCAGUGUCCAUCCAUCAUGUGAGGGGACUGUGGUGAGAGCUGUGGCUCAGCUGGAGGAGACGCUCAGUAAACAGAUGAAGAAGCUGUUUGAGGCUGAGCUGAAGAGGGUCCAGCAGUAUGCAGUGAAUGUGACUCUUGAUCCUGUUACAGCAAAUCCUAAACUCAUCCUGUCUAAAAAUAAAAAACAAGUAUAUCAUGGUGAUGUGGAGAAGAAUCUCCCAGACAAUCCAAAGAGAUUUUCUCCUUGUCCCAGUGUGUUAGGAAAGCAGAAUUUGUCUUCAGGCAGAUUUUACUUUGAGGUUCAGGUUAAAGAGAAGACUGACUGGGCUUUAGGAGUGGCCAGAGAGUCGAUCAACAGGAAGGGAGACAUCACACUGAGCCCUCAUUAUGGUUUCUGGACUAUAUGGUUGAGAAAUGGAAAUAAGUACAGUGGUAAUAAUAACCCUACAGUCCGUCUCUUUCUGAGUUCUGACCCUCAGAAGGUGGGGGUGUUUGUGGAUUAUGAGGAGGGUCUGGUCUCCUUUUAUGACGUAGAUGCUGCAGCUCUUAUCUACUCCUUUACUGGCUGCUCCUUCACUGAGAAACUCUACCCAUUAUUCAGUCCCUUUUUAAAUGAUGGUGGUAAAAACUCUGCCCCUAUGAUCAUCCGUCCUGUCAAUCAAACUGAGUAAUCAGCUGUUUUAUUUCAUGAGAGCAAAUAUAAACAUUCAGUGUGUCAUACUGUGCACUUGUUAAUUAGGAAUAAAGAAUAACUUUAUUACAAGAUUAGUUUAUGUAUCCCAUAAAAG